GCGGAGCGGCUCGGCAGGCCGGCGGUGGCGGCCCUCCCUGCCCUUGGCCGCGGCUGCGACGGAGGAGCUUCGUGCGGCCUUUCUUUCUUCUCCUCCUCCCCGGCACCUCCCGGCCUUUAGGAUGUGGCGAACGAGGGCGGCGGCGGCUUGUGUCAUCUGCAGGAGUCUAGCAAGCAGCACCUACGGAAUAAAAAGAAAAUCACCACUACAAAACUUGCACCUGGUUUCCCGAAGCGUCCAUCAUCCCUACCAUCCAAGUUUGAAGUUUCAAAGACGUCCAUUAAGGAUAUCCCUUCAACAGUUCUCUUCUCUUAAUCGUCUUCCCCUACGCAAAACAAAACUUUUAAAUGUGAAAUAUGGAUACCAGUCCUACAGGAACUUUUGGCUAGCUAGACUAGCAUCAAGGCUUCUCAAAAUUCGCUAUCUUAUAUUGGGGUCUGCUGUAGGUGGUGGUUACACAGCUAAGAAGACAUAUGAUCAGUGGAAGGACAUGAUGCCUGAUCUUGAUGAAUAUAAGUGGAUUAUUCCUGACUUCAUCUGGGAGCUUGAUGAGCAUAUUGACUUAGAAAAACUUAUCAAAGCCCUUCCUGAUGCCGAUGACCUUGCCAAACUUCUGCCUGACUUCGAGAAGAUUGGGGAGAGCUUCACCUCACUGAAAGGAAUUUUUUCUCCUGGUUACAAUUUGGUUAGUGAAGUCAUAGGAGCUUCUGAUCUACUUCUGUUGUUAGGUACUCCAGGAGAAACAGCAUUCAGAGCUACAGACCAGGGUUAUGAUGGUGACAAACAGUACAAAAAGGGCCUGCUUGGUGAACUCAUUCUGUUACAACAACAAAUCCAGCAGCACGAAGAGGAGGCGCGCAGAGCCGCUGGCCAAUAUAACCCGGGCUCGUACCAGCAGAAGCGAAAGGUUUCUGACAAAGAGAAGAUUGAUCAACUUCAGGAAGAGCUUCUGCGCACUCAGCUAAAAUACCAACGAAUGCUUGAGCGAUUAGAGAAAGAGAACAAAGAAUUAAGAAAACUGGUACUGCAAAGAGAUGACAAAGGAAUUCAUCAGAGAAAGUUAAAGAAAUCUUUGAUUGAUAUGUAUUCUGAAGUACUGGAUAUCCUGUCUGAUUAUGAUGCCAGCUAUAACACUCAAGAUCAUCUACCUCGAGUGGUAGUCGUUGGAGAUCAAAGUGCAGGAAAAACAAGCGUGUUAGAGAUGAUUGCUCAAGCCCGAAUAUUCCCCAGAGGGUCUGGAGAGAUGAUGACACGUUCCCCUGUCAAGGUAACUCUUAGUGAAGGUCCUCACCACGUGGCUUUAUUCAAAGACAGCUCUCGGGAGUUUGAUCUGACCAAAGAAGAGGAUCUUGCAGCUCUGAGGAACGAGAUAGAAAUCAGAAUGCGAAAUAGUGUGAAGGAGGGGUGCACUGUUAGCACUGAGACUAUCUCCUUAAGUGUGAAAGGUCCUGGUUUACAGAGAAUGGUAUUGGUUGAUUUACCUGGAGUCAUUAGUACUGUGACAUCAGGGAUGGCACCAGAUACAAAGGAAACAAUCUUUAGCAUCAGCAAGGCCUACAUGCAGAAUCCAAAUGCCAUCAUCCUUUGUAUUCAAGAUGGAUCUGUGGAUGCAGAACGCAGUAUUGUCACAGACUUAGUCAGCCAAAUGGAUCCCCAGGGAAAAAGGACAAUUUUUGUGCUGACUAAAGUUGAUCUUGCUGAGAAAAAUGUGGCUAGCCCAAGCAGGAUCCAGCAAAUAAUUGAAGGCAAACUCUUCCCGAUGAAAGCUUUGGGUUAUUUUGCAGUUGUUACUGGAAAAGGGAACAGCAGUGAAAGCAUUGAAUCUAUUAAAGAGUACGAAGAGGAAUUUUUUCAAAAUUCCAAGCUGUUGAAAACCUGCAUGCUGAAGGCACAUCAAGUAACAACAAAGAACUUAAGUCUAGCUGUGUCAGAUUGCUUUUGGAAAAUGGUGAGAGAGUCUGUGGAGCAGCAAGCAGAUGCUUUUAAAGCCACACGUUUCAAUCUUGAGACAGAAUGGAAGAACAAUUACCCGCGGUUGCGAGAGCUUGACAGGAAUGAACUGUUUGAAAAAGCAAAGAAUGAGAUUCUUGAUGAAGUCAUAAGUCUGACUCAGGUCACACCAAAGCACUGGGAGGAGAUUCUUCAGAAGAUGUUAUGGGAGAGGGUAUCUACUCAUGUGAUUGAGAAUAUCUACCUUCCAGCAGCACAGACAAUGAACUCAGGGACAUUUAACACCACUGUGGACAUCAAACUGAAGCAGUGGACUGACAAGCAACUGCCAAAUAAAGCAGUAGAGGUGGCAUGGGAGACUUUGCAAGAAGAAUUUUCCCGUUUCAUGACAGAACAAAAAGGAAAAGAGCAUGAUGAUAUCUUUGAUAAACUGAAACAAGCUGUCAAGGAAGAAACCAUUAAACGCCAUAAAUGGAAUGAGAGAGCAGAGGAUAGUCUGCGAGUGAUCCAGCACAAUGCCUUGGAAGAUCGGUCAAUAUCUGAUAAACAGCAGUGGGAUGCAGCUAUUCAUUUUAUGGAGGAGACUCUCCAAAGUCGUCUCAAGGACACUGAAUCUGUUAUUGAAGAUAUGGUGGGUCCAGAUUGGAGGAAGAGGUGGCUAUACUGGAUAGGCCGCACCAAAGAACAGAAUAUACGUAAUGAAACAAAAAAUGAACUUGAGAAGUUAAUCAAAUGCAAUGAAGAACAUGCAGCAUAUCUGGCAAACGAUGAAGUGACAACUGUCAGAAAGAACCUUGAAGCAAGAGGAAUAACAGUGGACCCGUGUCUGAUAAAAGACACAUGGCAUCAAAUUUAUAGAAGGUAUUUCCUGAAGACUGCUUUGAACCACUGCAACCUUUGUCGAAGAGGUUUCUAUUACUAUCAAAGACAUUUUGUAGACUCGGAGCUUGAAUGUAAUGAUAUUGUCCUCUUCUGGCGGAUACAGCGAAUGCUGGCAAUUACAGCAAAUACACUGAGGCAGCAGCUUACUAAUACAGAAGUAAGGCGCUUAGAGAAGAAUGUAAAGGAAGUGCUUGAAGAUUUUGCUGAGGACAAUGAAAAGAAGGUGAAGCUCCUAACUGGCAAAAGGGUCCAGCUCGCAGAGGAUCUCAAAAAAGUUCGGGAAAUCCAGGAAAAACUUGAAGCCUUCAUAGAAGCCCUCCAUCAAGAAAAAUAGGUUGUCAAGCAGGUAAUGGUGUGCAGCAGCAACUUAACACAGGAAUGCAGACCUUUCGAGGAUACCAUGCACAAAGAAGACUGAACAAAAAUGCUUUCGUGUCCCAUUCUGUAUCUGACCUUUUGGGGAAGCAUUGUGAAACAUUAGAGAAAAAAGAAAACGUCUCCUGGGAUUGAGAAACUCAAUCAAAACCGGCCUGCUUUUUUUAAUUUUUGAAGCUACUUGUAUGUGACAGAAGAGCCUGAUUUGUGUCUUGAUGAGAUAGCCUGGGAGCUUGCCAGAGUUCUUCAUUUAAGAGUUCUUUUUUCCUAAUAGGAAAAAAUGCUUUUGUUGUUGUCACCUGUCCUGUACAGUGGAGCUGGAUCAGGUUCAUAAAGGGAUUUUAUCUGUUGUCGGUUUCUUGGCUGUAAAUGCUCUUAAAAGUUUGACAUGAAGAUUUUGUAUUUGUGUGUACAUUAAAACACCCUUCAGAGUCAUGCCAUUUCUCAGUUAUGCUCUGUUACUGAAACAGUCUCUGAUCACUCUGGUACAGAUUUUAAGCAUGGUGUUGAGAUAUUGAGGGGAAAUUGUGAAUUUUGUUAAACUCAAAACUCUUGAGAGACUUUCAAGGAAUUCCAGUGCUUUCAGGUGAAAGUGCAGACUGCUGUUCACUGACACCUUAAAAGGUUUGGCUCAGGAAAUGAUACCAAUGGGGGCUUUUUUUUUUUUACCAGUUCUUUCCUAAUUGUUGUUGUCCCUUGGAAUCAUGGCCGAUUACAUUUCAUUUCUGCCAUUGCACAGACUGAUUUCCUUUCUAAAUCUUCCCUUUUCAGUAGGCACAAAGUAAACUGAUUGUGUAAAAUAGAGAAAGGUAGCCUUUACAAUUCCAACGAGUCCAACCUUUUCAAGUAAAAAAGCAAAAAUAUAAUUACUUUCAUGUUUCUAACAGCUGCUGUAAGACCAAAAUCGCUUUGAUACGAAUGCUGCGCACAAAGUCCCUCCGUAACCACGUGGUGUCUGUAAUGCAAUACAGUAAAAAUAAAAACUAAGUACAGUCAUUCUUCUCCUGCAUUUUAGUCACUUCUGACAAAUGUAAGUGUGAUAUAGGCUCUGUAUCAUAGGUGCCUGGUGAUUAAUCACUGUAUUUUUCUGCCCACACUUCGCAACAGAUGAUCUGGAUACACUUCUGAAUAGAUCUGUGGAAGAAGGCAUUAGGCUUUACACAGUUUGUUUUGGAGUUGUCUCAUUAUGAAGGUUGAAAAAAUUGGUGUAGGUUUAUUUUCCUUUUUGGAAAAGGCAAUUGAUUUCUGACCUCCUGGCAAUUAGAAGAGAGGAGCCUGACUCUGUCAUGACAGUUACUGUGCCUGUUUGCUCACAGUGAAAACAAUAGAAAUUUAGGUAAGGUGUUCUCGGAUAUUCAGAUAAUUAAGUACUUAGGCUAUUGUAUGAAAACUUAACAUAGAGGUAUUCAUAAAAAGUUGAGGAGUUAAAUACUGCAAGGUCUCACUGCUUGGGGAUUCUUUUUGUUGUUGUUUAAAACUGCUUUUCUGUAAAUGAGUUUUUAAGAACGAAAAAAUGAAAAAAGGCUUCUAUGAUCAUCAUUCUCUGACAAUAACUUUAGAGAUGUAUAUUUGCAGUUCUGAAAGAAGAUUCCAUCGGCUGUACAGCAAUUGAAGUAAGUCUGUACUUGCAUUAAAUGCCUCUUUGUAUAAAAAAAAAAUACACAAAACUUUUGCAUUUACGUCAAGAGAUCACUGUCAGAAAAUUCCGUGUAAUGUAAAUGUUGCAAAAUAUUACAUCCAGUGGUCCAGUAUUCAUCUCUCAGUGUGAUGUUCCUGUAGUUCUAGUUCCAACCUCUGUGCUGCUCAUCUAAGACUUAGCAUGAUGUAUUCCAUGGAAACUAGGUAUUUAUUGAGUAAAAAUGUAACUGAAGGAAAAAUAAAAUGUGGAUUUUGAACACAGUGCUAUUGUA